CGGCACAUGCGCGAUAAGAUUUGGCUCUUUAAAUUUACAUCGAUAAUGAUUUGGGUUGGGCUAUAUAAUAUUCGGACCACCAAUGGAGCGAUUUAGUCUUCGAAAAUGAGGGGUCUUAUACUUUUGUCGCUUGUGGUUUCCCUCGGGGUCUGUAGCGCCCUUAAGGUUUCCCACUCGGCAAUCCACCCGCGGGAUCUUGAGAUUCAGCAUGGGUGGAGCAUCGAGGGUCGUAUCACCAACGGAAAUCAGGCGAGUGAGGGUCAGGUGCCCUAUAUCGUAGGAGUUAGCCUUAACAGCAACGGAAACUGGUGGUGGUGGGGAUCUAUAAUUGGACACACUUGGGUACUGACUGCGGCCCACUGUACCGCUGGUGCCGAUGAAGCUUCACUGUACUACGGUGCCAUUAACUACAACGAACCUGCCUUCCGACACACGGUCAGCAAGGAGAACUUCAUCAGAUAUCCCCACUACGUUGGACUCGAUCACGAUUUGGCUCUGAUCAGGACUCCCCAUGUGGAUUUCUACAGCCUGGUCAACAAGAUCGAGCUGCCCAGCUUGGAUGAUCGCUAUAACUCCUAUGAGAACAGUUGGGUUCAGGCCUCCGGCUGGGGAGCCAUUUACGAUGGCAGCAAUGUGGUGGAGGACCUGCGAGGUGACCUGAAGGUGAUCUCCGUGGCGGAGUGCCAGGCCUACUACGGAACGGAGACGGCCUCCGAGAACACCAUCUGCGUGGAGACUCCGGACGGCAAGGCCACCUGCCAGGGCGACUCCGGUGGUCCUCUGGUCACCAGAGGUGAUAAGCUCAUCGGAAUCACCUCGUUUGUCUCCGAUUACGGCUGCCAGGUUGGAGGACCUGCUGGCUUCACCAGGGUCACCAAGUACCUGGAGUGGAUCAAGGAAGAGACUGGCAUCUAUUAUUAGAUGCUUCAAAGGAUACAAUUUUACUUACUUCUCUGGAAAAUAAUUAGUUUAAAAUAAAGUGAUUUAUUCACUCCAUUCUUUGAUUUAUUUUAAUAAGUAGACCUCGGAUUAUACUCAUAAGACCUUUCUAAUCAUUC